GCAGGUCCGUCCCUGGGGCGGCCCUGCCAUCACUCCUCGCCGUCCCCAAUCAGGGGUGGGAGAUUUUGCAAUCAGCAGCGUUAUUUUUGUGCAGUUGGAGUUUAAACUUUGCCACUUGGGUCAGGGCACCAGGCAGGAGGAGGAGGAGGAGGUGGCUGAGCUCAGUGUCCACCCUGCUCUACACACCAAGGGAGUUGAGAAGACAGGACACAUCCGUGGGAGUGGGAUCUCACACAGCCAUGGCUUCUGGUGUGGGCAGCCGUGACGGCCUCGACCUGCUGGACCUGCUCUUCGAUGGGCAGGAUGGGAUCCUCCGUGGUGUGGAGCUGGGGACGCCGCAGGGUGCGUGGCACGAGGACAGGCGUGCCCAGGACAGUGAGGACUUCCUCAGCUCCAUCCUGGGCUCCAGGGACUCGGCGUCAGACUCACCCAGCUGGUCCCCGGCCACCAGUGACAGCGGGGUCUCUGAGGACCCCCCCUCUGACCAGCUCGACAGCCCCCCCAGGUGCUGUGAUGGGGGUCCCAGCGAGGGGGUCCUGUACCCCUACACCAAUACCUGUCAGGCUCUGCCUGUCGCGGGAGGAACUGGGGUCCUGCACCCCGAGGUCUCCAUUGACCUGGAUAUGUGGCACCCCAGCUUCUUCCUGGAGGAAAGCCAGGACCUUCCCAUGGUCUCCCCACCCACAUCCUGCACUCUAACCGUCAAGGAUCUUCUGCUCUCGGGCAGCUCCGAUGCUGGCCGUCACCUGGCCCCUGGUGCCCCGCAGCAGCAGCCGCCGGCGCCCAGCUCCCUGCUGCGGCAGAGCCAGGGCCACUUCCAGGAGCUGGUGCUGACUGAGGAUGAGAAGAAGCUGCUGGCGAAGGAAGGAGUGACCCUGCCCACCCAGCUGCCCCUCACCAAGUAUGAGGAGCGGGUGCUGAAGAAGAUCCGUCGGAAGAUCAGGAACAAGCAGUCAGCUCAGGAGAGCCGUAAGAAAAAGAAGGAGUAUAUCGACGGGCUGGAGAGCCGCAUGUCAGCGUGCACAGCUCAGAACCAGGAGCUGCAGAGGAAAGUUCUACACCUGGAGAAGCAGAACUCGUCACUCCUGGAACAGCUGAAGAAGCUCCAGGCCCUCGUGGUACAGUCAAGCAACAAGGCAGCACAGACAGGAACCUGCAUUGCGGUCCUGCUGCUCUCUUUCACACUCAUCGUCUUCCCCUCCAUCAGCCCCUUUGCCGCCAGGAAGGCUGAGGCAGAUGGUGACUUCAGACCUGUGCGAGUCUUCUCCAGGUCCCUGCACAACACGGCCGCGUCCCGUGUGGCUUACACACAGCCCCAAGGCGGGGACGAGAGACCCCCGGAGCCACUGUGGCCAGAGCACCCAGGCAAAGCCCCCGAGACCCUGCACGAAGCCUUUGGCAGCCGCACGUUCACCCCACGCCCAGACAAACCCUCCCCCCGGAACAACACGCAGCCGCUGGCCUCAGAGGGGCUGAGCCCUGGGCCUGGGGAUGGAGCUGAGGCCGUGCCAGGGGAUGGCACAGUGCCUCACCACGGCCUGGCAUCGCUGGCCUGGAGUGACACUGCCCACAGCAGGCCCACGGCGCUGGAGCCAGCUGAGGAGCUUUAAGCAGCACACAGGGACCACAGGGGAUGGCUCAGCACCUCAUCCCCUACACAACAAACCCUUGCGGUGACCUUUCUAGGAUCUGCCUCCAGGUGGGGCAGAUGCUGGACUCACUUGACUUUGCUUUUAUCUGUGAACUGGGAAGAUGAGACUGGUUCCCAGUGGCCCUGCUGGGAGGGAUGGGCCUGCUCCUGCCCCCCCAGGCACAGCAGGAGCUGUGGAAGGGACACAGGGUCACUUGGGCUGGGGACAGGGGAAGCAGAGGGGCCCUGGGCUGGCUGGCUAGCAAUGUGGCAACUGGUGGGUUUUGGGGUGGGUUUGUUUUUGUUUUGC